UUCAUUUUUUAUUAUGCAUGAUUUGUUUUUUAGGUGCCUUAUAAAAAGAGAAAUAGAACUCAUGGUACAAAGGAGACUUAAUAGUGGAUAUAAAAUGAUUGGAUAAUAACAAUGUAACAGUUGAAAGGCAAUAAUCGAGAAUUAGUUAUGUUAGUAAAGCUGUUGGGUAGAGUACCGUUGAGACAGUUUUUUUCUGUGAUAGUUUUCAUGGGUCUGUGUGUGGUGUUCUAUUUUGCGCUACUCACUUCACUGGAAGAAAACAAAGCCAAUCCGAUCAGGAAACAGCAACGAAAAAUGUCAGCUGAAGAAAAGAGAUUAAAAAGUCUUACUGAUAGAAGCCUGGUGUGGGCAGAACUUAGUCGUAGGGACAAAAUGCAAAGACUUCUGGAGAAUCCAAUUUAUGAAAAUUUUAAUAUUAAAAAGCCACGUGUGAAAAAAAAGAUUACCGUGCUUAUUAUCGUGUCGUCUGGUCCACGCCGCGCAGAUCGAAGGGAGGCUAUCCGGAGCACGUGGUGGGCACAAUGUAAACCAACCUUUAAAGUGUUACCUGAGUGUGUUUUCUUCACGGACAAACAGAAGCCUGGGGACGAGUAUUACGAUCGCAUUAAGAAUGAAAAUGAAAUUCAUAAAGACAUGUAUUUCCAACCAUUAAGAGGUGGGAUCGAGUUUGGUAUUCGAUUUUUGUAUCACAUGGUUUGGGCGAUGAUUUACUAUGAAUUCGAUUACUUUGUAAGAGUAGACGAUGAUUAUUUCUUUUGUUUGGAAAGGUUUUUGUAUGAACUCCCUCAACCUAUGAUUUCGAAUUUUCAUUGGGGUUAUACACAUUGUAUACUUGAGAUAGUACGUCCGGAGGAGAGUUUAAUUCUCAUGUCACGUGAUUUAAUAGAAUACUUUCUGUCCCAAAAACCGCAUACAAUGCGAUGUCAUCCCUGGGCUGAUCAAAUGAUUGGUGUUUGGACGACGGAUUUGAUAUUAAAUGAUUUUGUGUUCCGACACGAUCGCCGUAUACAUCAUAAGCCUAUUGUUAGUGAGAAACCGCAAUUAAGAAAUACGCAAAAUGUUUGUCAUAAAUAUAUCGGAAUACACGGAACUUAUCCCGAUGAUAUGAGACUGUUUUGGAAACAGAAAGGUAAAGGGUUUAAUUUUACAUCGGUCAAAGAAAGAGAUGAAAGUAUAGGAAACCUAGAAUUAAAUUCUGAAUUGUGUGAAUUAGUACAUAACUUUAAUUAUUUUGUAUUUGAACCGGAAUGGCAAUAUGAACCAAAACGUUGUAUUUAUAAUCCGAUUUGGGAUACUGGGAAACAGCUGGUUAAAGGGGGUGUAUAUGCUGGACGUCAAGAUGACAAAAGACUUGCGUUGGACGACGUGAAAAAAAAAGAGAAAAUGAAAGAGCAAAACAAUUAAUACACACCAAUAUUGUUCUUUUUCCUUUUUUAGCUGCCGUUGAUGCCGUUAAUGUUGCAUCAUUAGCACUCACUAAAACUAAUCUUCGUGAAUUUUUUUAAGAAACAAAACAAUUUUUAAUUUUCCUUUUUUUUGUGUUAAAUAUUUCUUUUUUGUGGUUGAUAAAAAUGAUUUUCAGCCUUACAAAUGAGCAAACUUAUUUUAAUAAACAGACCUGAAGAAAAUUAAAAUUUCGAAAAAAUGCUAGUAAAUUCUUGUAAAAAUCCUGGGACUAAUUAUCCUGAAAUUGAAAAAUAACUAAUUAAUUCCUAUAAAAUUAAUUCCUGCGAAAAUUAAUUCAUUUAAGGUACAUCAGUGUCAUAAACCACAACCAAUUCAAACGCCACAGACAAGGCAACUUCGAAAGGUAAAAAUUAGACAGCCAUGGCUUCCACGAUGAAAUACUUAAAAAUGCAAAAUAUAUACAAAUCAAACUUAAAUAAUCGGGUAAAGGUCAAAAAAGGAAAUAAGUACCACUAGGUAGUUCUUUCUUGUCAAACAAAAGACUUUUGUAAUCACCAGCCUCAUACAAAAACUUUUGGAGGUUCGCGGUCAUCACACGACGCAUUAAAAUAAUGUGGUUUUAAUGGAUCGUCUGAGCGCGGUCAUUUUCAGUUGGUCACAUGCGGAAAUAGCAAUGCGAGAGUAAAAAAUCUUGGACGCAGCUAAUCUUCCAUGUUUAUAGGUUAAUCUUUUAUUUUCACAAACACUGCAUUCUUUUUUUUAAAUGUUGUUGUACAUGUAUUUGAAAAAUUAAAACGAUGAAAUUUAAAUCGAACGUUCUCUUUUUUAAACAAAAUCUGAUUUUUACAACCUCGGUACAAGUAAAUCUUUAAAACAUAAAACCUGUUUCUACAAACCCAAAUGAGUUAAUAAUUACGAUAUAAACAGUCUCUUUCGAGAAAUAUUACAUUUGGUCUGUUAUGCUUUUGACCCAAAAACUGUUUAUAUUGUAUAAGCAGAGAAAUGUUUUGUAUUUAUUGCAAUGCAGGUGGUAUAUAUUCUUCCCAAAAAUUUAUCUUAAAACCCACUGCGCGGUAAAUCUGUUUUUGGAGCAUUGUAUUUUUAAAUUUUGUUAAUACCAUUCUAAAUCCUUUAAAUCCUGAUUUUAAAUUUUCGUAAGAGAGAAUCCUGUUUAUUUUCAAAUUUUUUUUGAAAUUGAAUUCGAUUUGGAAGUUUAAGAUAGCAAGAUGUGGUGAAGUGAACAGCGGCUGUCGUGUGGUUCGCACUACCUAUCUACAUAAACCCCUGAAAAUAAAUCUGUAAAAUUAAACGACGUAUCGCCAUACGGGUUUGUACAUUGCUCUAGAAGACAGAAUAUAAGUUUCAAACUUGGCAGGCCUGAGUAUAUGGAUAAGUAUGAAUUUAUUGUAAGAUGGGGUUUUAAAAAAAGGUUCUUUAUAAAACUAGUCCCUGUCCCCCUCUCCACCUGCUAGGUAACGCGCAGUAGACUAUGAAAUAAAAGCAUUAUCCACAGAUUUAUGUUUUCGUCAAGAUAUCCUUUUUAUUUUCAUAUUAUACAUUUAAUAGUCUUCAUCGUCUUCUUCGUCACCGUCCAUUGAUUCCAAUCCAACUUCUUCGUAAUCUUUCUCUAAAGCAGCCAAAUCUUCUCGUGCUUCUGAAAAUUCGCCUUCUUCCAUACCUUCACCAACAUACCAAUGCACAAAUGCACGUUUGGCAUACAUGAGAUCAAACUUAUGAUCCAAUCUACUCCAGGCUUCAGCAAUAGCAGUUGUAUUGCUCAACAUGCACACAGCCCUCACAACUUUAGCAAGGUCUCCACCAGGAACAACAGUUG